CACGGAAAUACAGUAUGUAUUUGUACAAGAGUUUAGUUUCUUUUCAAUUAUAUGCUUAGUAGGAAGAGAGGGGUACGUCUGCAGGACGACUUUGCACGUCUAUCUUUUCAACGGUGGUUUACAACGAAAAUGUCCUCGCCUGCAUGGUUUUUUGCACUUUUUCUGCUGCUACGGGGACAGUUCUGCUGCGGAAACGAUAAAAGCAGUCCAAUAACAAUAAAUCCCUGCUGCCACUACCCUUGUGAGAACUGGGGGGUGUGUUUGAGAAUUGGCCUGGACAGAUAUGAAUGUGACUGCACUGGCACUGGUUACUAUGGAGAAAAUUGCACUACACCUGAGUUCUGGUCCAGAAUUCAGGACACCCUGAGGCCUGACCCAGAUGUGAUGAAUUAUAUACUGACCCACUUCCAGUGGCUAUGGAACAUCAUCAACGCGACCAGACUGCGUGACUGGCUCAUGGGUGUGGUCCUGACUGCGAGAUCAGACCUGAUCCCCAACCCUCCAACCUACAACAGCAAGUAUGGCUACCUGAACUGGGAGGCGUACUCCAACAUCACCUACUACACCCGGAUUCUGCCCCCUGUCCCUGAGGACUGUCCAAGACCUUUGGGGGUUCAUGGAAAGCCUGAGCUUCCAGAUGCAGACGAGCUGGUGAAUAAGCUUGUGCUGAGGAGGAGGUUCCGCCCAGAGCCUCAGGGAUCCAACCUGAUGUUUGCCUUCUUUGCCCAACAUUUCACGCACCAGUUUUUCAAAACUGACCACAAGCUCGGACCAGGCUUCACCUUGGCUCUGGGACAUGGCGUUGAUGCUGCACAUAUUUAUGGAUAUAGUCUGGAACGGCAGUUAAACCUCAGGCUUCUCAGAGAUGGAAAGCUUAAGUACCAGGUGAUCGACGGAGAGGCUUACCCUCCGACAGUAGCCGACGCAGAUGUGUCCAUGAUCUAUCCCCCGGGCACCCCAGAAGAGCAGCGUCUGGCGAUAGGCGAGGACCGGUUCGGGCUGCUGCCAGGCCUCACCAUGUACGCCACCCUGUGGCUGCGGGAGCACAACCGCGUCUGUGACGUCCUGAAGGCGGAGCACCCCACCUGGGACGACGAGCGGCUCUUUCAGACCACUCGCCUGAUCAUCAUCGGCGAGGUCAUCCGGAUCGUUAUUGAGGACUACGUCCAGCACCUGAGCGGAUAUAACUUCAAGCUGAAGUUCGACCCCACUCUCAUGCAUGGCAGCACCUUCCAGUACGGAAACCGAAUCGCCAUGGAGUUCGCCCAACUCUACCACUGGCACCCACUGAUGCCCGACAGCUUUUUGAUUGACGGCGAUGAGAUCAACUACACCAACUUCAUGUUCAACACCUCGGUCCUGCUCCACUACGGUUUGGACAAGCUUAUACAUGGAUUUACACGGCAGCAUGCUGGUCAGAUAGGGGGCGGUUAUAACAUGAAUGCAGCUGUGGGGAAAGUGGCGGUGAACACCAUUAAGGAGUCCAGACACGCUCGUUUGCGCCCCUUCAACCAAUACAGGAGGAGGUUCCACCUGAGACCGUACACAUCCUUCAAAGAGUUCUCAGAUGAUGAGGAAAUGGUCAAGACUCUGGAGGAGAUGUAUGGCCACAUUGAUGCCCUGGAGUUCUACCCUGGCCUGCUGCUGGAGAAGACGAGGCCUGGUGCCAUAUUUGGGCAGAGCAUGGUUGAGAUGGGCGCACCGUUCUCCCUGAAAGGACUCAUGGGAAACGUUAUCUGUGCGCCGCACUACUGGAAGCCCAGCACGUUCGGCGGCCAAACGGGGUUCAACAUCGUCAAAUCCGCCACACUGGAGAAGCUGGUCUGCCUCAACACAAAGAGUUGUCCGUACGUUGCGUUCAAGGUUCCCCCUGCUGAUUUUGAUGAGCAGAAGCAUAGAAGAACACCUUCCUCUGAGCUUUACUGCCGCGGUUGCUUGCAGAGACGGCGUUCUCUCCGCUGGGUGACCAUGACGACGCUGGAUGACAAGCUGCUCGGGGAGAAGCUGCAGUACUACUGCAGUAGCAGCGAAGACGAGGACAGCGAUAAAGAGGAAGAGGAAGGGGCGGAGAAGACCAUUCGCAACCCUGUGGUCCUGGAAGAGGUUGAGUACAGCCAGGAUGGCAGUGCCAUAAACACAGGGCCCAAGGGCGUGAUCAAUGACUGGAGGAAGUACAAGCAGCUGGAGACGGAGCAGAAGCAGGAGCAGAAGAUGGAGAUGGAGCGGCUGAUCAAGAAGCUCUCCAUGACCUGCCGCUCACACCUGGACGAGGAGCGCGACAAGGAGAAGCAGAAGGAGCUGCAGGAGAAGAUCAACGGGAAGAUGACCUUGCAGGAGUACAACAUGCUGCAGCAGGACGAGGACGACGAGGACUUCCUGGAGCAGUACCGCAGGCAGCGCAUCGACGAGAUGCGGCGGCAGCUCUACAGCGGCAAGCGCUUCGAGCGCGUGUUCGAGCUCUCCAGCGGCGAGGACUUCCUGGAGGCGGUGGACCAGGAGGGCAAAGGCACGCUGGUGAUGAUCCACAUCUACGAGGGCGAGGUGCCGGCCUGCCAGGCCAUGAGCGGCUGCCUGCUGUGCCUGGCGCAGGAGUACCCGCUGGUGAAGUUCUGCCGCGUGCGCAGCUCCGUCAUCGGCACCAGCGCCCUGUUCACGGGCAACGCCCUGCCGGCGCUGCUGGUGUACAAGAGCGGCGACCUCAUCGGCAACUUCGUGCGCAUCACCGACCAGCUGGGCGAGGACUUCUUCGCCGUGGACCUGGAGGCCCUGCUGCAGGAGUACGGCCUGCUGCCCGACAAGAGCGCCGCCCUGCCCACCUCCGUGCGCAACGCCGCCAUCGCGCAGCUGAGCGAGGACGACAGCGACCUGGACAUCGACUAGCGCACAGACGGAGUAAACGACAAAAGAGAAACUUCUAUAGGUAGAUACAUGCACAAUGCCCCCCCCCCUUUGUUUAUUCGUACUUCUAGCCCUGCAGUUCCCGCGCUCCCGUCCAACGGAGGCCUUCUGAACGCGGGUGUGCACUGGAGAGGGGUCCUUCUGUAGACGUGUGGUUGUGUUAGUACUUCUGUUUGUGUUCCUCAGAGUAGGGCUAACCCCCCCCCCCCCACACACACACCCCUGCAUAAUGAAAUGCCCAUGGACCCGGAUCCACGAACCGCGUGAACGACAGAAGCGGCUACGGUCAGUAACUCUGAAGAUGUGGCCCAUUUCAACACAAGGGCUCCAGUACCCGGCAGGCUCUGCAAGAUGUGACAAUUUCCACCAAUGUUGUGUACAUUUUCAUGCAGCAUCAAGGCUCUGACCAGGGAACUGUGGCUUCUUUCUUGUGGUUUAACAGUUUAAUUUCAAUGCAGACCAUUGUCCAUGCAGUCCUGAGCCUGGCGUCCCCAGCAACGGUUAAUUAAAGCAGUUACUCUUAAAAAUUUAAGGUCUGAAGUGAAUUCUUCAAAUAAUUCAUGACACAAAUGCAGAAGUGUAGACUAUGUCAUUCCUGUUUGGGAGGAGGAGGCAGAAGGAGACCAAGCUGACGCAAUGUCAGUGUUGGCAUUACCUGUCAUUUCAUCACACCCAAGUGGACCCUUAUAAAGUUAUUAGCAAAAAUGAGUGAACACAGCUUAAUUUCUGCGUUAAGAACAUGGUUUGCUUAUUAAUUGCAAUUUGUAAGUAUACUAAUGCAUACUCUUGGUUGAACAUUGCAUGCUGAGAGCAAUAAUCAUAUCAUGCGAGGCACUCUGCCUACGAUGAUACAGGGUGUGAUCAGAAAUGGUUGUUGGAUUUAGCCAACUUUGGAUUUCAAUAACGUUUGACCACCAGAUGGACAGAUUUUCAGGUUUGGUGGUGAAAUUGGGAACAGGUAUGUUUUGUACUUGAGUAAAUGGACUUUCUAUCUAGAAUGGAGUUUCUGUAAUGUGGCUCGUGACCCAUUCUAGCUUCUUUCACAAUUUAACACUCAUUUCGAUCCACCUGAAAAUUACUUUUUGUUGGACUCCUGUACUCCCGGUAGAAGUUGCUGAGAAUGAAUUGGUGAAUUUGUUGUACUUUAUAUGCAUACAUUCCACUGUAUAAUGUGUUUGCAAUAUUUAAUUUAUUAUCAAAGAGGAAUGUUAUAAAUCUUAGCCUGCAUGUGUAAUGAAAUGAUAAAGAACUCUUAGAAACAAGAUGGCAUCCUAUAUACAGGGAUAUUUUCCUAGUUUUUUACCUUUUGUAUGUUUACCAGUUGGAAAAAAUGCCAAUAAAUUAUAUCCAUUUAA